GAAAGUAAUGUUUUAAGGUUAUUUUCAAGCCUAGUAAACUGUAUUUAUUGUAACGAAAUCCCAUUUAUCUUACCUCAAUUGAAAAACAAGAGAACUUUGGUUGGUUGGAGAUUCCAUGUACUAAAAUCCCAGUGCUGUUAGCCUGAUAACAAAUAAAACUGUCACAGUCACCUACGGAUUGUUACACAGGAUUUAAAGACUAGGCCAUGGCGACCAAGGUGAAAGCAGUUCCCGUGAUUGUAGAGGGUAUGGACAUCACGGCACCCAACAUUACGUACCAACGGCUCCAGGAGUUGUCGCUGACUCUGUACGAGCGUCUGCUGCUGCAGCGGUCCGAGCGGAGUCAGCUCAUGCUGCAUCGAGACAAGCUGCUGACGCAACUCACCAAUCUUAGGCAUGAGGUAAGAGAAACUGAGACGGCAGCAGUGAAUACAGAGACGGAAGUGGAGCGAGCGCAAGAGUGCUUCAGACAACAGGUCAAAGAAGUGGAUCAGGAAUUCAAGUACUUGGAAUACGACCACAAGUUAAACCUCGACCAUCUGAAGACCUGGGAAAAUGGACUGAUAACUGGUGCAGAGGAAGAAAACACGCGAGAAAUGAUGGAACUGUUGGAGGAGAAAAGAAGAAUGAAGGAGACGCUGAGAGAAAAUGAGGAGAAAUAUGAAGAACAGCUGACGAACUUGAAGAAAAAUCAUGCGUUGGAAAUAAUGAAACUCGGAAAGAAAAUUGAGGAGGACAAUAUACAAAAGGAAUUGGAAUUCAAAAGAAGUUUGAUGGAGAUGAAAGAUGAGAUGAGACUUAGACAUGAAAUGGAAACGUCAGAAGUGGAAGAAAGGAAGAACUGUCACUUGAUGGAACUGAGGAACAUUCACAAGAAGAGAUUGACCGAGUUGAAACACUUUUUUAAUUCCAUCACAUCUGAAAAUUUAGUUGUUAUAUCAAACAUGAAAGCGAGUUUGGACAGGAUCAGCAAAACUAAAGUUAUCAUGAGCGAUGAGAUUGAUAUCCUGAAGAAAAAGAACAAACGAUUGCAAAAACCUUUAGAUAAAUCUAAGGCUGAUGUCAAAGAAUUGUCAAGACAGUUGGCGAAUUACAGAAAGGAUCUUUUAAGUUUGGAAAACAACUGGCGAUUGUUGAACGACACUAACAGUGACUUGAACAAAAUCAAAAAUGAGAGUGAUACCGCUCUGAACUUGUUGAGUGAAAAGAAAACUCCCGAAGAUAGGUUUGAUCCGAAAUUUGUCAAAUCAUUGGUCCAGUUUAGAAAUCAUGCAGCAUCCAGAAGGAAACUUCUCGUAGAGUCUGCGGAAAGUAUGUUGAUGGAGCUUGAAAAUAAGAAGGAAAUAGUAAUCGAGCUAUCUAAAGAUCCUGAUGUCAGUCAAGCUGUUUCUAAGAUGAGUUUUGAACAAUUUAGUCCGAGAAAAUUGUUUUUUGAUUUGGAAAUUGUAAAGACUGCAUACGACCGGGAGUUGGCUAAUUUAGAAGAGAAACUUAUUUAUUUUUGUACUCAAGAGUCCACCACAACUCAAGGCCCUUGGAAAGUACUGCCAACUUGGUGCUGCUAAACAAUAAGGAUGUGCACUGAACUAAAAAACGUCUGGAGGUAUUUCAAAUUAUAAAAAUAAAUUUCUUACAAUUACAUAUAA